AUGCUGCUCCUCCAAUUUGAAAAAUACGGCCGUGUGUUGUCUGUGGAGUUAAAGCAUGGAGGCUUUGCUUUUGUCGAAUAUGAAGAUCCUCGUGAUGCUGAUGAUGCUGUGGUGAUUAUCGCCGAGGGCCUCCCCCGCCUCCUCGCUACGGCCGAGGGCGCUCUCCAGGACCGUAUGGAAGGGACCCAUAUGACUAUGGAUAUCGUGGACGUGGCUAUUCGAGAUCACCCGACCGGGGGUACGGCUAUCGCCCUCGCUCCCCUUAUCAUUCUGGAGGCUAUCGUGGCCGAUCUCCCUCGCCUUAUUACCGUGAUAGCGGACGGGGUCGUUCGCCGAGCCCAUAUGGGUAAGUUACCUUUACAUUAUAGCCAUUUGACUAUUCCUGAUCAGGCUCCAUUGAUUUGA